UGCAUACAAAGUUUCUCGCACGUAAAAAUCACAUCACGAAAUAAAUAUUAAAUUUAUCUUCUUUUUUUUCAGAUAAACGAUAAAUCUCUUGCGACGUGAAUAUUUCGUUGAUCGUGAAAUUGCGAGCGAAAACAAAAACUUUGACGGAUCUCCGUGAUUUCUCGGAAGGCCAUAUGUGGAAUACCCGGCGAGCUUUACGAGCGAAAUUCAUUCUAUAGUUAGAUGUAAAUAUCCCCCCUGCCCUGGGCGAACAAGCGCUUACACCGGCUUGUAUUCUUUCUCCAAGGAAAUCGCGCAACGCGCCAAAAAUAAACGCGAAAUCGAAUGUGAAGACUCCUCAAAUGUGAAACUUGAAUGCUUAGGAGCGUCAUGUCGUCCCUUGUGCAAAUAGACGGUAGUUUGGGCGAAGGAGGUGGGCAAGUAUUAAGAAUUGCUCUCUGUUUGAGUACGCUCUAUGGCAUUCCUAUUGAAAUUGAGAAUAUACGUGCUGGAAGGCCUAAGCCUGGUCUUGCUGCACAGCACUUGAAAGGAGUGGAACUCGCCAAGGAGAUGUGUAACGCUCAAGUUAGAGGCGGAUAUGUAGGAUCAACGCAUUUGGAAUUUCGUCCUGGCCCAUUAAACACAAAGAAGCGACAGUUUGUAGCCGAUACGCAAACUGCUGGAUGUAUUUGUUUGUUGGCCCAAGUAGCAUUACCAUGCGCACUCUUUUUUCCAUGCACUGACACAAUCACGCUUGUUCUCAAGGGUGGCACAAAUGUUCCGAUGGGUCCACACAUUGAAUAUUUAACAGAAGUGUUUAAGCCAAUGCUGAAUAAGUUUGGAGCAGAUUUUGAUUUCAUUGUUGUGAGAAGGGGGUAUUAUCCAAAGGGAGGAGGCGAAGUACAUUUACGCAUAAAACCAGUUGGUAACUUAAAUGCGAUUACUUUACUCGAUCCGGGAGUUCCACGAGGAAUAACAGGAUGGUCUUAUGUAGCUGGAGCAGUUAAUAUAAAUGAAGCGCAUAAAAUGGCAAGCGAUGCUAAGACGGCUUUAACAAAUAAAUUGAUAAAAAGCAAUAUUCGAGUGCCACCAAUUACAAUCGAUGCUUACAGGGAAGAUAGAGCAAUGGCUGUAGGAAACGGCUCUGGUAUCAAUAUAGUAUGCAAUACCAGUACUGGAUGCGUCCUCGGCGGCUCCGGCUUAGGCUCUGGACGUCAUGAAGCAUCGUCGCCAGGUGAAACGGCGGCUAUCGAGAUUUUGAAGCCGCUUCUAACAGGAGCAUGUGUCGAUGAACACACACAGGAUCAAAUGAUAAUUCUAAUGGCACUGGCGAAAGGUAUUUCGAAGAUUAAAGUCGCGGAUAGGAAACUUACUUGUCACACGGAGACUGCCAUGCAGAUCGCAGAGAUGAUGUUAGGUAAACGCGGACUCGCUUUCAAUUUGUCGGAAAGCGCCGAAGGCGGAGAUACUUUGUCCUAUGUUCUGGAGUGUAAGGGAUGUGGACUGAUUAAUGAGAAUGUAAUUAAACAAUGAUCAAAUAAUGAUGCUUUAUAACUUA